ACAAAUCAAUAUAGAUAAAUCAGAAUUAAGUCACAAAUUGGUUACUUUCGUAAAAUGGCGACUACUUUCAUAACAAAGUCUAACCGAGUAACACCUUUAAUUUGUUUUAUAAGAAAUAGAAAUUCAAUUCUACAAAACGCCUACUUUUCUAUUCAAGAGUUUAAUAAUGAAGAUAAGGCAGUCACUGAAUUAAACAAUGCUAAACAGGAAGAGAUGUCUGUUGUAGAUGGAGUUCCACUAUACUUAACACAGAAUCGAAAGGCUACAAUUUUUUUGCCAUCGCGAAAUGCAAUGCAAAGUGGUUCACAUAAUAUGCGGAAAUGGUGCGUUAGCUUUGAUACUCGUGAACGUUGGGAGAAUCCUCUCAUGGGAUGGGCAUCAAGUGGAGAUCCGUUAUCAAAUACGCAGUUACAAUUUUCAACAAGAGAGGCUGCUAUACAGUAUUGUAAGUCACACGGAUGGAAUCAUGAGGUCGAAGAGCCAACUCUGCCGAAAUUCCGCCCAAAAUCUUAUGGUUCAAAUUUUUCGUGGAACAAGAGAACACGCGUAUCCACUAAAUAACUGUUAAAAUUCCUUAAUAGUAGUUGCAACGCAGCGAAUGAAUUACAAAUAAAUUCAAAUUGUUUAUAAAGUUAUGUAUCUAAACCAUAGUUAAGUGCUCCAGCAAUCUAAAGUAAAGGUCUAGAAGUAUUCUUGCCUGAAGAAACAUGAUAAUAAAACGUUUACAUAAUUUAAAUAAACUUUUUUUGUUUUAUUUAAGUACA